CUCGCGUGAUGCACACGUCUCAACCUUCCACUCUCAUGUGAACUUUCACUUAUAGUGUUGUGACUGUGUGCACUACUACCAAACUGCCUAUAAGACUUUAGUGUAACAAUAUGGGUUUUUACGAAACAGCCAGGCGAAGACUCUAGGCUAAUCACCGGUUCGUAACUAGAUAGGCUGGUAACUGUGUGGAGCAUAUAUCAUAAUGUUUUCCUUAUGUCGCCGAUACAAAGAUGAACACGAACAUGGCGGAACACAAAUCAAAGGAGGUUACAUGCUGCGUUAUAAACGUAAAUACUUGUGGAAUUCCUGGUCCGAGGAGUGGGUGGUGCUGUACGAUGACUCCACAAUGGCCUGGUUCAAGGACGCGUCCGGCAAGUGCAUGGCAACACAGAAACAUCUCGUAAAGGAGAGUCCAGAGAUGCUGGCUAUCGCCACGUGGACGGGUCAAGUGCCGCGGCGACCGCCGCUGCCACCGGGGGCCAAGUUGUCACAGUUGAUGGCCCUUGGCUCCCGGAGGGACCCCAGGAGGGUCGUGUGGAUGCUUGCCAAGUCGGACGCCGAAAUGAAGGAAUGGAUGGCUGCAAUAUCAAAAACACUGCCCCCGCCGCCCCACAUCGAGUUAGUUAUGUCAAUGCCUUACCUCCGCACUGCCUUCAAGCGACCGACAGUCAGAGUUAGACCGACACCAUCAGAAGCCUACAAUAGGAACGCUCGUAACGCGGUUGGCGCGCUCGACGGGCGCGGACUGGUCGCCGUGAUCAAGCGCCAGGUGCCGCUGGCGGGACAACUGAACCACGAGCUGGCCUGGGGGCAAGGCUGGGGCUGGGUCACCCUGCCGAACGGCGUGUGGAGUGGAAGACUAACAUGGUCGCAAGACGGGGAAGACUUCGCGCUCCACGCAAUGCCCAUCAUGCAUCACACCAACGUCUCUGAAGCCUGCUCCAUGCUGGACGGCGUCACGGCCUACGAGUGCUCUGCGUAUGAACAGGCGCUAGCGGAGUACGACGACACUGCCACCACCUCUAAUGACUGGGACUUCGGAGUAGACUGCGGGGACUUCAUGAUGUAGACUGAAUUCGAGUCGAUGCAAUAAUUUUGCGUUCUGGCUCUACUUUACGAACGGUUUUGGUAGAUGCGGUAGAUGCUAAAUCUUCGAUGCUGAAAGUAGACUUGGUAGGCGGUUCGUAUAGCAGAGCAGAAUUGCGUAUAUUUAUGUUGUAUUUCAAAUUUUCUUUCAUUGUGAAAGUGUCAAAAUAUUCCUUUAAACUGCUAAGCAGUGUUUUAUGUAUUGUUUUAUCUAUUCGACAUUACUCCUUCGUUUUUAUUUUAAUUGAUCAACAUUGAGAGUGCUGGUCACAAUCCUUGAAUUACACUGAUGUGCCAAUUAUCUAAUGAUUAAUAUUGAAGAGCGUCUUAUGAAUUUUAUACAAUGACCCUUUAUGGUUAAAGCGAGAGAGUUAUAUAUUAACCGAUGGACGAAUUAUGGAUCGGUCGUAUUUUCAGUAAUAGUUGCAUGCUCUUUAGCUAACUGUGUUGUCAUAGAGAUGUGUGUAGACGAUAAAACUAGAUUUUCGUAUUCUGCUCUACGGCCUACGACACUGUAGGUUAUCAAUUGUCUUAGCCAUAGACCUCUUUAAGCACUGUAGACGUUUAUAAGAACCCCGUAUUUGGUAGUCGGAACAUUAAGUGCAAGUCUAUACAUCUUCCUUUUUAUACGUUUUGUACGGUUCGAUGUUGAAUAAAUAAAUUAUUUUGAGUUAUUUAUGUACCUUCAGGAAUAAAUCCUUCAAUAACGAUAAACCUUUUUGAAUAUUUUAUGAAACACGUAUCCAGGGUAAUGAGUCUGCAUAUUCCCAAUGAAUUUUAAUAUUCAACACAUUCGUACGAUAAUCGCACAAAAUCAAAUUGAAUUGCAAACAUCUAAUUAAUAUUUUUUAUUUUUAUAGAAUAAGUGACUUGCUUGAUCCCUGAUAACACCAAUUAUAAGGAUUAGAAUUUAAAUGAAAGAAUCUAUUUUAGACGUAAGUAAUUGAUGUUAGGAUGUAGUGAAUGUGGUCGGUAGAAUCCCUCCAUUACCCCAAUAAUACGGUCGGUACUAAAAAUAUAUAUAAUCGCUAAAUGAAUAACAUUAAGAAGCGAUAAGGCUAAGCAUUCGAUGCAAACGAACCAAACUAUCGAGCAAACGGAGUCCUAUGGUUAUAGACCAAAAAGUUUACACGAGGAAAAAUCAUUCCACGACCUCUAGAACCUAAUUAUAGUUAGGGUCUUAGUACAAUUAUUGAUGAAAUUGUAAAACUAGUCGCUAAAAUCUUCCGACCUACCCAAAGACUGCCUAACGUACGUUACCUGUACAGUGUACAUGCGUGUGUUGUAAUGGCGUGGAAACCUCGGUUAGUUCCCCUGCCCUGCCAUUUACAUUGCAGACAUUAUUAUUGACGUAGAAUUUAAUAAAAAUCAUCAACAUCAUCGUUUUUCGAUUCAUAAUUACAGCUCUACUCUACAAGAAAAAUGGAAUCAUGCCGUUUUUCGGAUUUCUUCGACAAGUAUAAUAUUAAGUAGUAUAUUCCUACUUAUUGAUGAAAUCAGAAAUUUAUAACAUUAUUGUUAAUUAUAUUUGAUAAAAUCCAUUAUUGCAAAACAAACACAAACUUCCAACCGUGAUUUGUCAAAAUAAUAAUGCUGCAAUGUAGAAUUAGAUGUUGUAGGAAAUUAUAAAAUAUUCAUUAUUAUAGUAAAUUAAAAGUUUAGUCUUACAUGAAUAAAGGUAUUAAUUAUGUCUCAAUUAUUUUCUAUAAUUCUUCUUAUAUUUUCGAUAAUUCUGCAGCUUAUGUAAUUUUUGUUCUCUUAUAUUUUCUAAAAGUAUUUUUUGUACGUGUACUCUGAACUAUUAAUAUUGGUAAAAUUUUUGACGCUGGUAUCGUCUAGAAAGUUAUAUUUAUAUAGUGAUACGAUAUUUUUGUAUGACGCUUACCGAUAAAUUAUUAUUUAUAAUUUUAUAUCGUUUUAAAUGGGAAUAUACCUAAUCAAAAUAGUAUUAAUAUGUUCUUAGUAUGUUACUCAUGCAAUACGUCGUGCUAAUAACGAAAUUCAGGUAAUCUAUGAAUCUACAAAACGAUAUACUAUGAACAUAUUUAUAACUAUAACAUCAAUUGAUUUUAUCUGUUUAUUUUGUGCAACUCAGCUGCUGAACAAUUCAGUCAUCACCUCGCAUGAAAAAUAUUACGUUGUUUCGGAUUUUUAUUUUGAAUACUUUCAAAAUUGUAUUUUUUAUACAGCGAUAUAUAUUUUAGGCGCACACUAAGCGUUUAAAUUAUUUUGUCUAUGAAAUAUAAUACCAGUUCAUUCAUUUCUAAAUUACAAAUGAAUAUGUUAUUUGUAAAAAUAAAUUAUUUUGUGGUAGUUAAUGUAAUGAAGUAAGGUUUUAAGUACCUUUUUGUUCUUGUUUAGUAUAUUAUAACUUAUAAUGACUUAUCAACUUUUUUGCAGCAACCUAUAGUUAUUACUUUUAUUUAGUUAAACCAACGUUUAUUUUAAAAAAGUUUGUACCAUUAUUGUAUUUUAAAUGCAGGCUCGAUACCCGGUAUCUAACUUGGUAUCGAUACUAGGUAUCCUAAUUCCAAUAAAAUGAUUUUUUUUUCUGGAAAUAUAAUAGAUGAAUAGUUAAGUUGCUAUUUCAUAAUAGAUGUACGUAUAUUUUCUUUCAGGUAUCACACAAAUUACCUAUAUUUGUUAUGUCUAGGUGGAAUAUUGUAUUGUAUGAUUUGAAACUUUAAUGUAUGCAAUAAGGAAAGAGCAUUAAUAUUAACUGGUGAUUAUGACAUCGAUUGCAAGUAGUGGUCUUAGGUGUAACACGUAGUGCACAUUGCACGAAAUUGCACUUAGAGAAGUGUGAAAAGAGUAAAGAUUCCUAAAUGCACUUAUCUUUAGGAAGUGU